GAUAGUGACCUGUCUCAUCCUGGCCAAGAGAAGAACUCAGAGACUUGCUCCAUUGUCUGUGUCUAGCAACCAGGCAGAGAAGAGUAUGCUAGACAAGGCAUCAGCUGUUAUAUGGUGACCGGAGACAAGACAAGAGCCUGCUUUAUGAAUGCUUCUUUUUCAGAUACAUCGGAGACCUGCAGUCCGAGAUACAACAGAGAAUGAAUGGCGCGCUUGGCCUGCCACAAUGCUCAGCAUUCACACCUGACGGGAAAGAUGCCAUUUGCUCUAAAUCUUCAAGAAAAUCACCAAACUUCAGUAGCCAACAGCAACAUGAUCCAAGAAAGAGGAGGAGGUACACUGUCAGAAUGUUCCUAAACCUGAAAACCUCUGUCCUGGUUUGUGGAUCACUCACGCACUGACAGCCAGGGACAUUUUGGCUAAGAAAUAACCUCAGAGAGACCUUGCAGGCAAACUGACUGUGGACUGUUCUUUUAUAUUGAGGGCUAAGUUGGACGGCUGUCCAGCCCCAAGGCCGAUAUACUGACAAAUCAGCCAUGUCAGCCUAAAGGAAUCUGACUACUAAUAAUUAUAAAUGCUUUAAAACUAAGAAUUACAUCUUGCACACUUUCACCUGUCUGGUCAGCCUGGUUGUGUUCACGCAGGCAGUCUUAAAAAUAUACUUUGGAGUCUGGACUGCACCUGUCAGUGAGAGGAAAAGAGGACAACUUCCCAAGGAAAGGAACCAUUGCGAAUCAAAACCGAAAGUCAUAUUUUUAGAAAUUAUUUUUAAGUAUAGGCUAAGGUGAAGGACACAUAAUAAGCUCAAAUCAAGUCCCAAGGUGAUAUAGAAUAUUUCCUUGCUGUCCUUUCUCUCUCCGCACUCUGUUGAGGAAAUAACUGAAAGUAAACACACCAGAGAAUGAUAAACUGCCACAUGGAGAAGCACUCUCAUCUCAGACGCUUUCUAACUCUUUAGGGAACUGUAACCAGGUGUCCUCUCACAGCUGGGACCUGUCUUGAGCACCAUUAGCAGUGAACAUCAUGUCAGAGCUGGAGGACUAUUCCCCUCCUCGGGGCCACCUUCAUCCUGACCCGGCUCGCAUCCAGCAGAACCUCCUGGAGGAGCAGGUGGAGCUCUGGUGGUUCAGCGAGCCACGCAAAUCCUUAUUAUGCUACUGCGCUUCAGUGGCCUUGAUCUUAGGCUGCGGCCUGGGCGGCGUAGGCCUCCUUUCCACUACCACCAGCCUUUCCAGUGAGUGGCGACUGGGCGCCGGAACUGUUCUUUGCCUUCUCGCUCUGGCUGUCCUUCUCAAGCAGUUGCUGAGUUCUGCUGUCCAGGACAUGAACUGCGUGCAUAGUAGGCGCCGGAUCAACAUGCUAAAAAGCGGUGGUUUAUCUGACGUCCUCGUCAUGUUGAUCACGGGAAUCUCUCUGUUAAUUUGUGGAGUUGUCCUGCUGGAUGUGGCCCUUUCCUACCACAUGCCCAAACCUGGGAAGGCACUGAAUGACAUGUAUAUAUCCGGGGUGGUGAUGCUGGUAGGUGGGAGUGUUACAGCGUUAGCGGUCGGGAUUUACGCAGCAGUAGUUUUCCUCUUAGAGAGGUCAGGACUGGGGCAGAGACGAUGGGAGAGGACAGUGGGGAUCUUCAGCAUUUCAGGCCAGAUGCAGGCAAGGAGAGAGACUGCUUCAAGCCUGGCUCGUCUGAUAUAAUUGUGACUACAUAAUAAAUAUACCAUUCUUUUACUGAACAGGAACUGAGAUGAAAAACUAGCACCCUCAAUGAUACUUUGCACCCGUUAAACUAAGGCACAAAUCACAUGUGAUAUUUACAAUUACAUUUUGAUUCACAUUUUGGAUCAAGGAUCCUGGCAUUAAAGCACAAACAUUCAGCUUUUACAUGUGUCACUCCAAUAAAGUACAGUUAAAAGUACUGAAAAAGCACAAAAAUAAUCUAAAGUUUGACCUUUAAUUGAUUUUAGAUAAAACAUGCUGCUUUAUCUCCAACGCUUUUGGACAACUACAAUAUGCGCAUGUCCUUGACUGCUUUAUUUAUGUGGGCAACUGUGAGCAUACCAAGUGGUUGUCCAUCAUGGGAUGUCUUUAGCUUUUCAGGAGCUCUGAUGUGUGAGCAAAUUGACUGACUGUGUCAGCUGAAUUCACAUAUGUGUGGAUUUAUACUACAACCUGU